AUGGUUGCCUCAAGCCUUCCAAUUCGUGCGAGAUUUGCUCGAGCUGCACUUCAGUCAAGAAGUUCAUCCUUGAGAAGCUCAACCCUCACACGACCAUGGGCUACUGGCCAAUCCGCAUGUUCUGCCAUUGUUUUGAAGCCAAUUGGGAGACGAAGUUACUACAAAAGCUCUGCGAAGGAUGAGUCGAUCAAUUCGCCUUCGAGCCUCAGUUCUAGAGGAGUAUACGCUCCUUUAGAUACCUUUGCGCGUCGACACAUCGGUCCCGAUGCAGAAUCUACAGAACAAAUGCUUAAAGCUCUCGAUCCUCCAGUCAAGAGUUUGGACGAGUUCGUCGAACAAGUUUUACCUCGCGAUAUCCUCUCCUCGAAAGAUCUCAAAAUCGACGCCGAAUCCGAAUCUUCACAGGAAGGGUUUACGGAAUCUCAAUUGCUUGCAAGACUGAAGUCAAUUGCUUCCGAAAAUAAGAUUAUGCGAAGUUAUAUUGGAUGUGGGUAUGCCGGAACACGAGUGCCGGAGGUUAUUAAAAGAAAUGUGUUGGAAAGUCCAGGAUGGUAUACAAGUUACACACCAUAUCAACCUGAAAUCAGUCAAGGUCGACUAGAAUCGCUUCUAAACUACCAGACACUUGUCUCCGAUUUGACAGCGUUACCAAUUUCCAAUGCAUCUCUGCUCGAUGAAUCUACUGCGGCCGCCGAAGCUAUGACUUUAUCAAUGAACGCCCUUCCACUUGCUAGACAGAAGAACAAGAAUAAGACAUUUUUCGUCAGCCACCUAGUUCAUCCACAAACACUAGCAGUUUUAGAGAGCCGAGCAGAAGGAUUUAAUAUCAAGAUUGAAGUUGGGGAUAUCCUAGCGGAUGGCGCGGCUCGCCUCAAGGAGCUUGGAAAUGAUCUCAUCGGUGCUUUGGUUCAAUAUCCAGAUACUGAAGGUGGCGUAGAGGAUUUCCGUGGUCUGGCAGAUGUCAUUCAUGCUCAAGGUGCAACUUUCAGUGUGGCCACCGAUCUUUUAGCCCUUACUGUUCUCACUCCACCUGGUGAAUUUGGUGCAGACAUCGCUUUCGGAAAUGCUCAACGUUUUGGAGUUCCUUUUGGUUAUGGCGGUCCACAUGCUGCUUUCUUCGCUGUUGGCGAAAAGUAUAAGAGAAAAAUUCCAGGACGUCUCAUUGGUGUAUCAAAGGACAGGCUAGGGGACAAGGCAAUGAGAUUGGCUUUACAAACUAGAGAACAGCAUAUUCGCAGAGAAAAGGCUACUAGUAAUGUGUGCACGGCUCAAGCAUUGUUGGCUAACAUGAGUGCAUUCUAUGCAGUUUACCAUGGGCCAGAAGGACUCAAGGCCAUUGCCGAGAGAGCUAUUAAAGGAGCUCGAUUCAUCCAGGAUGGACUUAAAAAUCUUGACUUUGAGACCAAUUCCCGAGGAACAGGGUCUGAUGGAAAGGUUCUUUUUGACACAGUCGUGGUAAAUGUUGGACAGGGUAGAUCUGAUGAAAUCCUUAGCUACGCUACUGAGAGUUUCAAGAUUAACUUGAGAAAGUUCGAUGAUAGCCGACUUGGUAUUACCAUCGAUGAAACCGUUGACAUCAAGGACCUUGAAGAUAUUCUGUCUGUGUUCAAGAAUUUUUCCAAGUCAGGAUCAGGAUCAUCCGAAGAGACCGCAGAAUUGCAAAAGUCCUUUGAUAGCUCGAUCCCGGCCGCACUAAAGAGAUCAUCCCAAUACCUUACACAUCCAGUCUUCAAUACACAUCAUUCCGAGACCGAGAUUCUUCGUUACAUUCACCACCUCCAAUCAAAAGAUCUCUCCCUCACUCACUCUAUGAUACCUCUGGGUUCCUGUACAAUGAAGCUUAACGCUACUACUGAGAUGGCUCCAGUUACAUGGCCAGAAUUCUCCUCUAUUCAUCCUUUCGUUCCUGCUGAUCAGGCAACUGGUUAUAAGACUAUGAUCGAUGAGCUUGAGGCUGAUCUUGCUACUGUUACUGGAUUUGAUGCAGUAUCCUUGCAACCCAAUUCCGGCGCACAAGGAGAAUUUACCGGAUUACGUGUAAUUCGCAAGUUUCAAGAACAGCAGCCCGGCAAGAAGCGUGAUAUCUGCUUGAUUCCUGUUUCUGCUCAUGGUACCAACCCUGCAUCAGCUGCUAUGGCAGGUAUGCGUGUUGUUACUGUGAAAUGUGACAUCAAGUCUGGCAAUCUUGACAUGGCUGAUCUCAAGGAGAAAUGUGAAAAGUAUAGCGAGGAACUUGGAGCUAUCAUGAUCACAUACCCAAGUACAUUUGGUGUAUUUGAACCAGAAAUUAAGGCAGCAUGUGAUAUUGUUCACCAACAUGGUGGUCAAGUAUACAUGGAUGGUGCCAAUAUGAAUGCUCAAAUCGGAUUGUGUUCACCUGGUGAGAUUGGUGCCGAUGUGUGCCAUCUUAACCUCCACAAGACAUUCUGCAUUCCACACGGUGGUGGUGGACCAGGUGUUGGUCCAAUUGGUGUUAAGUCUCAUUUGGCACCAUUCCUUCCUGGUCAUCCAUUGGUGAAGAUUGGUGGUGAAAAUGCUAUUGCUCCAGUUAGCGGUGCUCCCUUCGGAAGUGCAAGUAUCUUGCCAAUUAGUUGGGCCUAUGUGAAGAUGAUGGGUGGUAGAGGAUUGACUCAUGCUACUAAGAUCACUCUCUUGAACGCCAACUACAUCAUGUCCCGCCUCCGACCUCAUUACCCAAUUCUCUAUACCAAUGCCAAUUCUCGAUGUGCUCAUGAGUUUAUUCUUGAUGUUCGUGGCUUCAAAGAAUCUGCGGGAGUUGAGGCUAUCGAUAUUGCCAAGCGUCUUCAGGAUUAUGGCUUCCAUGCGCCAACCAUGAGUUGGCCAGUCGCUAAUACUUUGAUGAUCGAGCCUACCGAGUCGGAAAGUAAAGAGGAACUUGAUCGCUUCAUUGAUGCAUUAAUAUCGAUCCGCAAGGAGAUCCAAGCUGUUGAAGAUGGUACUACCCCAAGGGCAGGCAAUGUCUUGAAGAACUCGCCACAUACUCAAAAGGAUCUUCUUAUUGGAGAAUGGGAUCGUCCAUACACUCGAGAGCAAGCCGCAUACCCAUUGCCUUACCUCAAGGAAAAGAAAUUCUGGCCAUCCGUGACCAGACUUGAUGAUGCGUACGGUGAUUUAAACCUCUUCUGUACAUGCGGACCUGUAGAAGCCACCGAUGAUGCCGAGGGCGACAUUACCGGUGUUUCGGCUCCACAACCUACAUAA